GCCUGGAAAGGAAGCUCUCUAGCAGAGUGGAGUGCAGACAGUCUCGAUAUGAUAAGAGGGGCGAUUGGGAAUUCCCCAGAACAGCAAAACACCUUUCGUCCAACAGAAACUAAAAUCUAUGGCGUUAAAUUCGCAGGACUAAUACGCAGAACCGAAACGAUUAAGAUGAAAUUCGAUGAAAUGACUCGCUAGCCGUCACAGCUUUUCAGCUGUCCUCGGUACAAUCUGCGAAUAUAAGGGGGCCACUUGCACCCUUAAAAGGACAUAAACAUCGCUGGCUUGUCACUGUAAAAUAUUGCAUACUUUUUGUCGUUGCUCGUUAUAAAGCCCAUUUUUUGGUCCAGAUGGAGGACAUGCAAGCACAGACGGUGCAGUCGCAAACCUUGCCGGAUUCUGGAGAUCAACAUGUACGGCCUGGGUUCGGCAUCGGAUUCGCUAAACACGAAAGUUCCAAAGGGAUCCACGCAGUCCCGUUGGAAGAGUGGUGCGACAGCGGGUUUGGUGGGUGUCUUAGUGGCGGGGCGCUCGGCCUCGAUGUUACGUUUGGUAAUGAAAACGAGUCCUCUCCAGCCUGGGAAUCUACCCCAUCCACUACCGUCAGCGCCGAAACCAGAUCCGAACCGCGGCCCACGGACUCCUGCGUUUCCCUUGGCUGUGGCGAGAGACUGGACUCGGCUCUGGGCGAUUCGAUAACGGAUGACAUGUUGAGUUGCAUUUCCCAGGGAAUGGGAACCAUGCGAUUGGGAGAAGGAGCUGGAAGCGGUCCCGUUGACCGGAGUAGCAGCUUGACAGGGGGUGGAGUGGAAACGGGCCCACUGGAGGAGCGCCAGAUGAGGGAAAUCUUCAACACAUUGAACUUUGUGUCGGAGGACGGAGACACGGCACUCCACUUGGCACUCAUCCAUGAACACUGGUCCUUUGUGCAGUAUCUUCUGGGGGUCAUAUCUCUGGAUCAGAGUUUUACGCCUUACCUGGACAUUCAAAACGACCUGGGGCAGACGGCGCUCCACCUGGCGGUGAUCGUGGACCAGCCGGAGUGUGUGCGGGGGCUGCUGUAUGGCGGGGCAGGUGUGGAGCUGCAGGAGCGGGGGGGUCACACCCCGCUGCACCUGGCCGUGCGUGAGGGCAGGGUGGCCUGCGUGCGAGAGCUCACCUCCAGCCCCAAGAACCCAGAGCACCUGCGCAUCACCAACUACUCCGGGCUGAGUGCUCUGCACCUCGCUGUGCAGAAGGGAGACGAGGACAUCGUGAAGAUGCUGCUGGACGCCGGCGCUGAUGUCAACCAGAGAGACCUGAGUGCGGGCCGUUCGCCGAUGCACUGGGCCGUGGAGUCUCAGAGCCCCGGGGUGGUGCGGCUGCUCCUCAGGGCGGGGGCCGCCGUCGACCAGCCCUCGUACGCGGGACACACGCCCCUCUACUGCGCCCUCCACAGGCCCAACGGGGAGGUGCGUCACCUGCUGAGGGAGGGCGGCGGCUCUGCACCCUGGGGCCGGGAGGAGGACGAGGAAGAGGAGGACCGGGAGAGUGAGGAGGAGGAGUUUGAUGACUUGAUCAUCAACGGCCACCCAGUGCUGUAACCCAUGAGUGUUGCCAUGGAGACGAGCCAGCAGCCUGCAAACGCCGUGUCAUUCCAUGCAGCACGGCAGUUUGUAGACUGUAGGUGUGUGUGUGUGUGUGUGUGUGUGUGUGUGUGUGUGUGUGUAAAGAUGGUCCCGUGCAUUUUCAGGCAAAUCUAACUGCUGUUCUAUGUACUGCUGUUGUCUUGUACAGCAAAUCAAACUGCUGUUCAAGGUGACAAUGCUCUGGCGUGUAUGGUGUAUGAUGUGUGUGCGCGUGUGCGUGCGUGUGCGUGUGUUUGUCUGUUUGAGAGAUGGCAUAUUUUACAAUACCACACUGGCUAAGUAGAAGUUCUCUGUCAAGGACUGUACCAUUGUAGUAGAAGGUAUUCUGGGGGGUGUGUGAUGGUUCUGGGUUUGGACUUGAGCUUGUCCACCUCUUUUACUUUAUAGUGUUUUACUGCCUCCAAUGCGACAGGCCAGCGUGACAUAGUUCAGCUUAAAAGUUUGCAGGCCCAAGUUUGCUUCUGUAACUAUAAACUAAAAAGAGGUAGUGCCAUUCUGUGCUCCCAAAUGAACCUGCAUGAUCGAGGUUAAGUGGGAAAAACCCCCAUUGGGAGCAUGUGGAGUUAUUGUUAGCUUGGCUAUUUCUGUAAAUUGAUUAUUGAUUGACUUUAUAUUUUCGAGGCACCACGAAUCGUGUGUGCUUCCUUUUACUGGAAGGAUCGCAAAAGAUCCCAAGCUAAAUCUGGUGACUUGGGUGAAGUGGUCAGCUUCGAAUGGACGAUUGAGUGAAAGUGUAAAUAAAGAGCAGGAAAAGAGGAUGGUAGGGAAUGAAAAAGGAGGGAAACUGGAAGUGGGACAAACAUGGAGUGAGGAAGGUAGAGAGCGAGAAAGAGAGAAGGGGGGUAUGAGAGACAAAAACAAAUGGUGUAGCGGCACUUAAUUUAGCUUCAUUGCUUUUUGUACAGUAGCUUGACUCUAAAGAAAUACUGUCUACAUCAGUGCAUGUGUGUUUUUCUUUUUUUUCUAUUAUCCUUGAAGAGGACAGGACCUCCUAGCAGUGAUGGCUUGCGCUAACAGUAACACUGAUAAGAUUUCUGUCUCGAUUUUUGCUUUUGUUUUCUUCACUAGAAUGCUUCCCAUGAGGAAAAAAAACUUAAAUAAACCAUUGAAAUGAAACUGA